GCCUCUUCCUCCUGCGUCCGGGUUGGUACUGUACGCGGUAGCCGCAGCCGGAGCUGGGAGCCAGCGUCUGCAUCGCCGCCGUCGCUACCGCCGCCUUCGCUGCCUGCGCCUCUGCCUUGGACUAUUCUCCGCACCGUGCAGAGGCGGCGGGCUAGGGAGAGAGCGGCGCCAGCGUGAGGUUCCCAGCUGAUGGGAAGCCCCUGGACGCGCUGAGGGGCCGGGCUCGAGCGGCUGAGAAAAUGAUGCAUCCUGUUGCCAGCAGUAAUCCAGCUUUCUGUGGGCCUGGCAAGCCUUCCUGCCUGAAUGAAGAUGCCAUGAGAGCUGCUGAUCAGUUUGACAUAUAUUCCUCCCAGCAAAGCAAAUACAGCCACACCGUCAGCCACAAACCAAUGGUUUGUCAGAGGCAAGACCCAUUAAAUGAAACACAUUUGCAGACUACAAGUGGCAGAAGCAUAGAAAUAAAAGAUGAACUAAAAAAAAAGAAAAAUCUCAACCGAUCUGGUAAACGUGGCCGGCCAUCGGGAACCACCAAAUCAGCAGGAUACCGGACCAGCACAGGGAGACCCCUGGGAACCACCAAAGCAGCUGGAUUUAAGACAAGUCCGGGCAGACCUUUGGGUACAACUAAAGCUGCGGGAUACAAAGUCAGCCCAGGGAGACCUCCAGGUAGCAUUAAAGCUCUAUCCCGUCUUGCCGAUCUUGGUUAUGGCUGUGGCACUGCUGCUUUUCCUUAUCCUAUGAUGCAUGGCAGAGCAGUUCACGGGGUAGAGGAAACCAGCAGUGAAGUCAAGCCACCCAAUGAGUGAAUGAGACAGGAAAGGAGGGCCAGGUUCAGAAAGAAGAUUGUGAAUAAUCCCAAAGCCUCUUGGUUUUAUUUUGACAUACAUAAUUUUAUGACCUGGGCUUUCCAAAUUUGUUUUCCUGUUUAAUUUGUUUUCCUGCUUUUGCUCAGAAGCUGCCAUGUGCUGACAGGUGCACUCAGGGCAAUAGCAGUGGCAUUGUAUUUGUACAUAGGUUCAAGUGUAACACCUAACUAAAUCAUUUUUGCUUUUCCUUUAUAGUUGUGUUUCAUGUUUCAUUACUACUUUUGGGCCAUUCUUAAUCGAUGCUUUAUGUGUGAACAACUGAAACCAUUAUACCUAUUAGUUGUGAAGUAAGCCUACAAUAUAAUAAAGAUACUAUCUAAAGUAUUUUUAACUGAUGGAGCAAAAAAGCAAAUGAUUCAGGAUUACUUGAGGUAAUGGCUGUGUGAGUUUUUGUAACAUUUAUUUUCAUGAGACAGGACACAGAUUUGUAUGCGUUGGCAUUUACAUACAUAGACUGCAGAUGUUAGAAAACUUAUUUUUAAUGUUCUAGGUUCAAACAGCUUUUUAUUUAUUGAUCUACAUGGCAUGAAUUGAUUUAACCAUUAUUUCUGAAAGAAUUCUUUAGUGUUUGCCUUUCAGCAGUGAUUAAGUUGUGUAUUUUUAAAUUGCCUAAGAGCAUAUAUACCAAACACUACAAACGAUUCAUAUUUACAGAAAUUUUAAACUAUUUUAUAAAAACUGCACAUUACAUUUUUGGUGAAAUACAAUGCAUUCUGAGAAUAGCAUAUUUAAUAUAAUAGAAAAAGAAACAUUUUAAGGUCUGCAUGUAGCUUGUAGUCACUAUAUUUUGCCUUUCAUACAGUUAGUGAGUUCUGAAGUAUUAUGUUUAAAAGCAUUUAUUAGUAUUGCUCAUUUAUUUGGUAUGUUUUUUAAUUUUUCUGAGAAAUUGUCCCAUUGCAUUAGCACUUAUUGUGUUUUCAGGUUUAUAUCUACCAAAGGACACAAAAUGAAUGGUAGACUGUAAAACUGGUAUAAAUAGAAUGCAGUUUCCUGACAGAACCCAAAUAUGAAGAAAUAUAUAGAAAUCCAUCUAUGCAUGAAACAUGUAAAAAAUAUGUUGGUUAGAUUAAUUAAAAAUCUUAUUGUGGCUCCAGUGAGACCACUUCACUCAAAAGAAAUUUUGUUUUCCAAUAAUGUUUGCUUUAGAAGCAAGACAGAAAAGUAUUGGAUAGAUACACAUAGUGGAGACAGAGGGAAACCUCUCUUCCCUCCUUUCUGAAAGUAAUAUUACUUGUUAAUACACAUUUUAUUACUGGCCAGCCGCCAAAAAAUGUAUAUAUAUACACAUUUUAUUUAUUCUGAGUUUGUUCUAAAUAAACGAUUGUAAACUUUGGAUUUGAAAAAAUUCCAGUGAACUUUAAAUUAAAGUUACAAUGUUUGUACUUGCAAUUUUAAAUGCCUUUGAGAUUAAAAUGUAGAUUUGCAGGACCCAAAAACUUUUAAAAUAAUUAAAAAUUUAGAGGGUGCUUAUUGUGUUGUUUUGGGCUUGCUCUCAGUUAAUGCAAACUCUGAUUGCAUAUGGAUGUCAUGUUUCAUACCUUUUUUAUCAGGAAAAAAGCAGCAAGCCUUCAGGUGUUCCAGUGAUGCCUGACACACUGAGCUGUACUUUAUGCUGCUCUUUACAGUAAGAGGUGUUGCAUUAUAUGUGGAGACUAUGUGUGCACUGGCAUCUAAGACAGUGACCUCAACAAUAUUAGCUUUGCACAUACCGUAGAGAACAAUGUUGGAUGACUACAUAACACUUGUAAUAUUCUGGCAGCUAAAUUGCUACAAAAAUUUCUUCUUGCAGAAGCUUAAAAUAUAAAACUUUUAAUAAUUUACUCAGAACAGUAUAACUUCUGACACACACAAAUGCUUGCAUCUUUACUCAUAUGUUCCAUCUAUCCACUAUUUUUAUGUAUCGGUCAUUUAGCUGUUUCUAAAGAUAAUGUUCAGCAGUUGGCUGCUUAGAAAUCUUCUUUUGAGCUAGUUCCUGAAGACAGUUGUUUAAUUAAAUGUUCUGCCAUAGAAUAAUAUACACCUUUGUCAAGGAUUUGGUUUCAUGUUGUGUUUCAUAGUAAAGUGCAUUUGACAUUUACCUUUCAGUUUAUUUUCAUUCCUGCUUUUGUUAUAAAUAACAAUAAAUAACGAUAUCUUUCUCCUCUGCCUUUUUCUACAUUUCAUUCCACCACCACCACUACCACCCUUCUCCUGCACAUCUACUCAGUGGUGCUGUGCUGUGUGUCAGAAGAUAAAGCAGGUGUAUUGUAUAAUGAAUUUUGUAUAGAUGUAUAUGAAAUGGUGAAAUCAACUAAGGGAGGUAUAUUCAUAACAGUGUUUAUUAUCAGGAGCUAUGUCCCAGGGGAAAAAAAGAGGGCAAAUGGUUACAGUUUUAAAUGGAUAAGAUUACUUAGAAAGAUGAAUUUACUGUUCAUGUGAGAAGUUACCUGGAGUAUUAGGCCUGUACACUGGUGAGAAUCUCCUGAUUUCACUUUUCUCCUUGUGAACAGUUUACUGGUACCAUGCUGAAGAGAAAGACAUCUAAGUUAUAACAUGAAUGAAGUCUUAAAAUACAAAGUAUUUUUACUUCCAUAUAUCUAAAGACUACAUUGUGCAUCUUUUGUAACACUGUCUUUUGUCAUGUUAAACACUGAAAUAGCAUGUUAAACAGUUGCCUAUACUUUAAUAUAAUCAGUUGGGGAAAACUGGCCUUUUCUCCCUGCUGUAUGAUUAUUCCUUGAAAGGUAAAUCGCUAAUUUUAUACUGUGUAAUUCUGUUCUUCACAAAAUAGGUUUCACUGUUCUAUAUUAAAACUAUUGGUCAAAAAAUGAUCUGCUAUUCAAGUAAGUUUGCUUUACUUUUUUCUUUAAAAAAGAUUUUAACAUGCCUUAUUUAUUAUUGCUAUAUUAACAAAUCAAGAGCCAAUACAGAUGAAAUUUCCACUUUUGACGGAUAUGGUCUUGCAUAACUAAUCUUUAGUAUGGGAUGAUUUUGAUACUAUCUUUGGAGUUUUGCACUGGAUAUUAAAAAAUAUUGGCAUGAUGUAUUGGAAGAGAAUAAAUAGUAUCUGGUUUAAUUUUUAAUAUUUGGGGACAUUUAAAAAAUCUUUUAAUUAGACUAAAAAUUCUUUAUAUUUUUUAUUUACUUUUUAAAAGAAAUAUCUGUCAAAGUAACAUCCAUUUCAAACUGAUGUGUGAAUAUACCUGUAUAUUUUAAUGAAAUUAGAAUAGAGUUUCUUUGAGUUAAGGAGGGGGGAAAUAUCUACAUCCAUUUAUUAGGUUAAGGGUGAUCCAUCCAGUAUAAGGAUAACCACAGUGAAUAAGAUAAAGUAAAAAAAAAUUAAACUUCUCCUUUAUAUUCUAAGAAGCUUUAAAAAACAAUUCAAGGGAUACUGAUGAUAACUGCUAUUCUGUCAGUCAUUGUCUGUAUAUGCAGUAAAAUUUUAUGAUCUCUCUAUAGUAAAAUAUAAGAGUUCAGAACAGUUGUUCAAAACAUCUUUUCCUUGGACAUAAAAAAUUUUGAUGCUAUUACACUUUUGUUUCUAUUAUAGCUUAACUAUAUGCUAUUCAACUCUAGGAUGUAUCUAAACCUUUGCUUUUUCUCUCUACUCCCCUCAACUAGAUAAAUCUGUGCUCUCACAUAUAAUGUAUCUAAUUUUUGGAAAAUUUAAUGCUAUAGUAAAUCAAGUGUGUGAUUUAAAGUAAUCAGACCACUUUGAUUCUUUAAGUUUUCACUAUUUCCUUUUUCCACAGAUAAUUAUGGAGAAAAUAAUUACCAAUUAACUGAUAAUAAGCACGCUGUCCUCUGCUGUAAAAAAGUCUGAAUAGAUACUGUGUAUGUUUUUAUGUCCAUGAACUUGAGCUACUCGUGUGCAAUUAUGUGUAUGGGAAUGGAGUAGUGUUCAUGAUUUGUAUCUACAUCAUCAUAUGGAUGUAUAUUUAUUAAUAAUAAAGUCAUUACUUUAAAACCA